UGCCCGGAGCGCGGGGCGGUGGGUGCGGGACCGGGGCGGCCCCUCCGCCUCACGGGCAGCCGCGGGGACAUCGCUCCUUUCGGGGCGGCCGGGCAUUCUGGAUCCCACGAUGAGGAUGAUCGAGAGCGUGGACUCCGUGGUGACCAGGUCCAGCGAGGACCUCUGGGCUGAGAUCUGCUCCUGUCUGCCACAUCCCGAGCACAAGGACGCCGGCGAUGCUUUCACAGACUCCUUCAUGGAUUCCUACGCCCAGGACAGCGGAUCGAGUGGCUCUUCCCAACCCGCCCUCAAGCCCUGGGCACCCCUGAACGACUCAGAGGUGUAUUUAGCAUCCCUGGAGAGAAGACUGAUGAGGAUCAAGGGCCUGUCCCAGGAGGUGACCUCCAAGGACAUGCUGCGCACGCUGUCCCAGGCCAAGAAGGAAUGCUGGGACAGGUUCCUGCAGGAGAAGUUUGAGGCAGAAUGUUUCGUGGAGGGCCACGAUGCUGACGAGAGCACGCUGGAGCACCUGAAGCGCUGGCUGCAGCCUGACAAGGUGGCCAUCAGCUCCGAGGAGGUGCAGUGCCUCAUCCCGCCGGAAUCGCAGCCGGAGAAGCCGGAGGCGGAGGAGGAGCCACCAACUGCGGAGCAGUGAGAGCCCCCAGCCGUGCCCGGGGCUGCUUCUUGUCCCAGCCCCCAGGAAGAUGUGUAGGAAUAGCAGGAAGGAGGGCACAGAGCAAAUUAUCAGUGAUUGAAAAAGUAACUUUUAUAAGGAAGAACUCCCAACACACCAAAUUCCAGCUCUGGAGCUCGGCAGACAGUGACUGGCACUGGUUGGGACGAGAGGGAACAGCUGAAUCAAAAACUCACGUUGGUCAUCUCCAGCCUGCAGCCACAUCAUCAUUCCAGCCUGGAUAUGGAUUGUUUAGAAUCCAUCAGGAGACACAUUAAACAACAACAACAAUAACAAAAGCAGUUGUUGAGAAGCACCAGAAAACAUCAUGGUCUAGAACAGAGCAGAGAAACCACUGAAUCACUUUCUUCCUGUCUUUCACCUUUCAUUACUCAGCUGGGCAUUUUUUUCCCCUCCUGCCAAAUCCACUUUGGUGUUUUCUCCAGAUCUUUGCUGUUUCAGUCUGAUUCGGCCCCAAGCUGUGCCAGGAAAAAGACAGAUAUUUCUCACUUCUGUGAAUUUGGGACCUUGAAGGAAGCUCUCACUGCAGUCAAUAAAUUGAUGGUGUUAUUGACGUUGUAGCUAUUUCACAUCCCUCUCUGCAAUGUACCCCCUAAUAUCUCACUUUAUUGCCCAAACUCUCUAUUAUAGAUUGUAGGGGGAGUAUUUUUCCUCUUGUUGGUCAUUUUGUAUCUGUUCUUUAUUCCUUCAGCCUCUCCAGAAAAUGAUCAGAUGAGAUUUUGUAUUGGGAAACCAAGAGGCUUAGCCAGGGAGGCUACAAACAACUUGUUUUCAUCACAGAAUUGCAUAGAAUUCUCUGACUUGAAAUAUAUUUAGCAUUUAAUUGGUUUUUUUCACCCCUCUUAACUCUUCAAAGGGUUAUUUCCUUUUAGUAAUAUAAGAAUCUGAUUUUGUGCUGAUUUUUCGCUGAUCUGUGUGUUCUGCCUUGGCACCAACACUGGAGGUCGGUAGAGGGAAGCAGCAGAGUCUGUCAGAGCUCCUUAGGGGAAAUUGUGGUUCUAGGAGUUAAUCCACACCAGAUUCAUACCGUGUUCAUUUAUGCAUCUGUUUGAAAAUACUUUUGUAGGAGUAAAUUCUUGCUGGAGCCUCCCAGUUUCCUGUCUCUGUACCCAAAUAGAGGCACCAGUGUCAGCUUUCCUAGUGUAAUUCCCACUCCAGGCUCACCUCCCAAAAAAGUCACACUCAGAAUUCUCCAUUAAAACAAUCCUUGUUUUUCAAACCUUGAGAAAUGGUGUGAAUCACCUGAGUGCCAGUGAUACACAAGCCUCGUGUCUGGCUGCUUUGGUCAUUAAAUGUCCCUUUUAAUUUAUCCUUUAACUGUCCUUUAUUAUAUUAUGUCUGUGUCCUUGUGCAGCUCUCUCUCACCUGAUGUAACAAAGCUGUGACAAAUGUGCAGAACUCUGAGCUGUUCCCAGAAAUGGUUUGUGCAGAGAGAGAAAGCAUCAAUUUCUCUGUCCCUAGCCUAUUUCUCAGUCAAUAAAAUUCUUCUUAUGAGUA